UGGCCUCGGCCGGCGCGGCGCGCAAUCGGUUAUGGCGCGGGGCGCCCGCUCGCCAUGGCCGCUGAGGGCCCUCCUCGCGGCAGCGGCGGCGCCCGCCGCCGCCGACGCGGCGGCGGACGCCGCCCGCCUGGGCACCUUGCGCGAGCAGCUGCUGGCCGUGGCCGAGGACGCCAGCAGGGCCGCGGCGAUGCUGAGGCCGGGCCCGCCCAGCGAGGAGCCUCCCAGCCACGAGGCGGCCGAGCAGCAGGAGUUGUCGUUGAGGCAGCUGGAGCAGCUGGAGCGGCUGGGGCGCUCCCUGGCCGCGGCGCGGUCCGCGGUGGACGGGGCAGCAGGCCUGUGGCCGCCGCCUCAACGUUCUGAGUCUCGGCCAGAGCACCAUGCGGACGGAGAACACAAGCACACGAUGUCGAAUAUUCUCUGCCGGUCAUCGCCAUGGGUUUGA